AUGAACGGGACGGCGAAUGGAACGGCAGCUCACAAAUAUGAUCCCAACUUCACCGACAGCCUCCUCCAGGCCAUGGGUCCCAAGACCCCCGAGCGAGCCAGAUUUGUCCUGGGAAACUUGAUCCGCCAUCUCCACGACUUCAUCCGCGAAACGGAGCUUUCGCCUGAAGAAUGGAUGCGAGGUGUCCAGUUUGUCAACGCCAUCGGCCAGAUCAGCGAUUCCAAGCGCAACGAAGGACAGCGAAUUUGCGAUGUGCUCGGCAUUGAGUCACUGGUCGAUGAGGUAGCCAACAAAAUCAUGCUUGACAGUGAUGAAACCCCAACGUCGUCCACAAUCCUGGGCCCGUUCUGGAGCCCCCACGCUCCUUUCCGCGAGCUUGGUGAUAGCAUUGUUCAAGACCCAUACCCGACCGGCAGACUCACCCGCAUGCACGGCGUGGUCAGCGAUUACAAGACCGGCAAGCCCAUUCCCAAUGCCAUUGUGGACAUCUGGCAAGCCUCAGCGAACGGCAAGUACGAUUUCCAGGAUGACAACCAGUCCGUCAACAACCUGCGCGGUAAGUUCAGGACCAACGAAAACGGCGAAUACUACUACUAUUGCUACCACCCGACCGCAUACUCGCUCCCAACCGAUGGUCCAGCUGGCGUCUUGCUGAAACUCAUGGACCGCCAUCCGAUGAGACCGGCUCACAUCCAUCUCAUGAUCAGCGCCGACGGCUACAAAUCUCUCACCACCCAGCUAUAUCCCCGGGAUGACCCUUAUGUGACCAGUGACUCUGUCUGCGCCGUCAAGGAUGACCUGUUGCUCGACUUCAAGCCAUCCAAUGACCCUAAGGCCGAACUGGAUCUGGAGUACAACGUCACGCUGCCUCCCCUGAAGCCUGGCCAGAAGGCGGGCUGGGUCCAUACCGUGUUCUAA